AUGGAGAAAGAAUCAAGUCGCUGGAAAGAUCGCCUGAAAUACUUCACAUGGUCAUUUUUCACCUUAACGAUGGCCACCGGAGGGAUCUCAAAUCUCCUGUAUAAUGGCGUAUUCACUAGCUUGACUACGAUCGGCGUCGUGAUAAUGCUAUUCAACAUAUUUUCAUACGUCCUGACAUGGUCGCUUCUCAUAACUCGUUUCUGCUACUAUCCGCGAUUGUUUAAGGAAUCUUUCCUCCAUCCUACCGAAUCCCUGUUCGUGCCCUCCGCAAUGGUUGCUUUUGAAACGAUCCUGAUCAACAUCUCCCAGUAUGGUCUGGACAGAACAGGACAAUGGCUCACCAAUCUCAUGUUUGUUGUAUUCUGGGUUGAUAUUUUUCUUGCGAUUGCGACAUCGGUAGGAAUAUAUGUCAUGCUAUGGACCACGCAGACAUUUGCUAUCGCAGAGAUGACCCCAAUUUGGAUCUUCCCUGCCUAUCCAAUGUUGCUUGUUGGACCAUACGUAGGAAAUUUAUAUCCAUACCUCGAUCCGCUCCGCUCAGCUUUAGUGGUCGUUGCUGGGUUUACUGUUCAGGGGAUUGGAUAUCUCGUAUCAUUGACGGUAUAUUCUGCAUUUAUUUACCGGUUGAUGACACAUAAACUUCCGAGCUAUAAUAUUCGUCCUGGGAUGUUUAUCUCAAUUGGACCAAGUGCUUUUACGGCCGAGGCGCUGGUGAGUAUGGCCGCUGAUGCACAACAAUACAUAUAUACCGGAUAUAUGGGCGUGGAUUCAUCCGCCGUUGCUAUUGUGAGACUAUUAGCAAAUUUCGUGUCCCUCUGGUUUUGGGGGGCGGCGAUCUUUUUCUUUUUCAUUGCAACAUGUUCCCACGCAGCAGCUAUCGUCGGCCGAAAUCGAAUGACAUUUUCCAUGACCUGGUUUUCGUUCAUCUUCCCGAAUACUGCGCUUAUUAGUGCGACAUUUGCGAUUGGCAAAGCCUUCUCGUGCAAACCAAUACAAAUAAUUGGCUUGGUAUGGACCAUCAGCUUGGUUCUACUGUAUAUCUUUGUCUGUUUCAUGAUGGUUCGCGCAGUGAAGCUACGUCAUAUCUUGUGGGAGAUCAAAUCAUAA